AUUAUUAUGAUCAGAGAUUUCAAAGUUUAGUAAUUACAACAUAUACACAUAGAUAGAUUGUAAAGGGCCGUGCAACAUUCAAAAUCUUGUUCAUGCACGGCAUAGGGGCAGAGUACCCUGUGGUCCCCUAACAUCAUGCGUAUGAUCUCCUCCACACAGGAACUUUGUCUUCAACACUCAAAAAAGGCUACAGACUUUUAAAUUUUGCAAUGUACUUACGUUUUCUCUUUAAUUCGCAACAUGCUUAUAUCAUAAUCAUUAAUGAUUAAUCCGUCAGCAGCGCGUGCAAACCUGUUUAUAAACUAUCCAAUAAUUUCAAAUUAUUUCUUCUAUUAUUGGAAUUCCAUUACACUGGUGCAGCAAGUAUUAAUAUUCCCAGCUGCUCACGUUUUCAUCCAAUCAGGCGUUACUCAUUAAUUAACCAUUAAUUGAAAAAUACAAAGCAGCAUCAAUAAGCAGUUCAAAUUUCAACACAUAUAGGUUUACAAAAUAAUGUUAUAUAAUUUAAAUUACACUGAAUUACAAAAUAUUAAUUAUUAAAUAAUAACAGACGCUAAGGUCUUUGUCGAUCCGAAAUGGUAAAACACACUCGUCUAUACUCGAAAUUUAAGUUUUUAAUAAUUUGGAAAUUAAAAAGGCAUGCAAUUGAAAUUAAACAGAAUGAUCCUGACCUCGGCCCUGUAAAUUGGGUGACUCCCUGUAGUACAACUUGGAGACAUGCAAACGUGGUUAGCCAGUGUGGAAGAUGGUCCAUUGUUUUCUGAUAUCUUAAGGUCAACAAAACUUAAACUAAGACCCAUUAUCUCAAUAAUAAUACAGUAAUAAAACUACUCAUCCAUUGAUUCGAAUGAAAGGAAUUUAAUUCCUUAAACAAGAUCUCAGAUUUGAGUCUUAUGAAUAGAAAAAUAGAUAUUGA